UACAGAAAUGCCUCUCCAAAAAUCGUACUCUGAGCAAAGAACAUCGUUUAAUAAUCGCAAACAAACGUGGCAACGCUCUAAAAGCCACUCUGCCGUUCCACCGCAACCUCCGAAGCCUCUCCCUCGUGUGUCUGAAGUUACCAAGGACAAAUUGACAAAGUUUCGGUUCCAAGAACAACCUGGAGAUGUUCCCCAGCCCGCCGAGACCACGGCGACUAAUAAGGAUGGAAAAGUCCCUAACAGACAAUGCUCCCGAAAUUCGUCCACCGUUAUAACCAUUGAUAGCGAUUCCGACAGGGAGGACGGUACACCCAAAGCUGCAAAAACGACAAAUCCAUUAGCACUUCCUUCUUACCCGCCAGAUACCGUAACGACUCCAGUGGCCAGGCUGGCAUGGCAGGAUCUGAUCCAGAUGGGGGAGGGUGCCAGCGCCAGGGAAAACCAAAGAGAGGUCUCACCUAGUGACAGGAUCCUCUGGGACAAGCCAAUCGACCCCGAAGACACAUUUAUAACUCCGGCUCAUCCAGGGAGAGGGAGAAAAAGAGCCCGGAGCUCUUCGCCGGUGUCUUCACCAGCUCAUGCCAGGUUCGACAGCCCUGUAAUCGACGUCAAGCAGCUCACGAAUGCGUUAAAGUCGCCCCAUGCGGAUCCUGCAUUCGAUCUCUGGGACAGAUUUUCAGUAUGCAGCGCCGUCAAGAAGACCACGCCCAAUGCUGGGAACCCUGCACUCGCCCAUUUGAUCGCCUCCUCGUCACCUCGUCCCGUCAAAGGCGGGGCGACCCUACAGACUGAAAGCAGUCUCCGGAGAGCGAUAAGCUGUGGAAACGGCGUCAACUGGCCAAAGCGACGGAAGGUCCAUACUUCGAGUAUUGAGUCUCCAACUAGCAAGCUUAAAAGCGGCCGUCGACCCGACUCGAAGUUGUCCAUGGUAUCAGCCUUGCUGGAGACCGUGACUGGAGAAAUCGAAAAAUCGAACGCAAGUCAGGAGUACGAGACUAUGCCGCAGUCGCCAUCUCCUAGUAAAUCUCGUAGUUCGCCGCGAAGAUCGAGAACACAAGGCCCCAAGUCACCCAUCACAAGAUCACCAAUACACUCAGGCUUGGGCCUUGCCAACUUGAAUGAUGAAAAUUCUCACAAGCCGGUUGAUUCUACGUCGGAUUAUGGCGAUGAUGACUUUGACGACGAUACUCUAAUGGAGCUCGACGCUACGUUAGUCGCGCCCGAAACCCCAAGUGGUCCUAACCCGGUUCUGGCGCAGCCCAUUCAACCCCCUGAAAAAGCGAAACAAACGUUCGUCGAGGUUGAAGACGAGUUUGGCGAUAUGGACGAUGACCUGUUCGAGGCAGCAGAGGGGCUUUUAACCCACCUGGAGUCUAGAUCAACAUCACAGCACAGAGUUGAGCCCCAACCUAACGAAGUUAUAUCAUUACCGCAACAUUCAGACUCGGAUGCUAAGCAACAUAGUGCCGGUGUUCAGUUCGGGGAUGCUGGUUCUGAUGACUUUUUCGGUGAUGAUUUUGGUGGUGAUUUUGAUUUUGAAGCGGCGGAGUUGGCAGCUACGCAGUCGGCCCAACAAGGGGCGGUAUGUAACCAAGCCACACGGUCUGCCAGGGCUUCUGCUUCUGCUUCUGCUUUGACACAUCCCAGCCAAAAAGCCCGAGUUAUUCAAAGAUACAAGGUCACCCGUGUGGAUGAUGCUGUGUACACCACCGACACAGGGCGAGACUGUCCGGAAAAGAUCCUCCUCUUAGUGGAGGACACGACCAAAGCAAAUGUAACAGUGCACCUUCGUGGAGACUGGAUCGAAACUCCCGUCAGCACCAAGGCGUUUGUUCAUAUUAUCGGAGAUUUUGAGCAUUCAGGGAGAUGCAUCAUCGACAAUUCACAAAACAUGCUCAUCUUGCAUCCAGAUCAGCUCAUUUCAUCUACCGUUGUGGCAGACUCAUUCAGCUGCACCCGGCGCGCCGUCUUGCAGGACCGGGUCAAGGCCACCAGUGAAGCCUCGCCCCCUCUUGUUUAUGGCACAAUGCUCCAUGAGAUCUUUCAAGAGGCACUCAUGGCCAACAAGUGGAGUCCUGAGUUCCUGACCGCGUUGGUUGACAAGAAUAUCGGCCGCCAUAUAGAAGACCUUUACACAAUCAAGGUGAGCCUUGGGGAGGCUCGUGAGCAUCUGUUGUCAAAGAUGCGGGAGAUGAGGUCAUGGGCCGAAGCCUUUGUUUCGAGCUUUCCAAAGUCUGAUGCAAUUGUUCAUGGCCGCAACGGCGAGAAGGCCAACAUGUGUGUGAGCAAGCUCCUGGAUGUAGAGGAGCAUGUCUGGUCACCUAUGUACGGCUUAAAGGGCAACAUCGAUGCCACCGUGCAAGUUACCAUGAAGGAUGGCAACCACCGCCGUAAUCUGACGGUUCCUUUUGAAGUCAAGACUGGUAAAAACGUAAACAGUAACCACCAGGCCCAGACGGCAUUGUACAGCUUGCUACUGUCCGACCGAUACGAUAUCGAGAUAGUCUACGGUAUCCUCUACUAUAUGGAGACUUCACAGACCAUCAGGAUACCCGCGGUUCGUCACGAGCUCCGGCACAUGAUUAUGCAGCGCAACACUUUGGCAUGCUACAUCCGUGAAAGAAGCGUUCAACUGCCACCGAUGAAAAAGUCCAAGAAUGCUUGUGGUAGAUGCUAUGCGCAAACUUCAUGCUUCAUCUACCACAAGCUUGCUGAUGACGGAGAUGGCGAAACAAGCGGAAUGCAGGGCAAGUUUGACGAAGUUGUCCAGCAUCUGACGCCGACUCACAAAGAGUUCUUUCUGAAGUGGGAGGAUCUCCUCACCAAGGAAGAGAAGGAAAGUCAGAAGCUCCGUCGGGAGCUCUGGACAAUGCUCAGUACCGAACGUGAGAAGGUAGGACGGUGCUUCUCGAAUGUCAUCCUCGAGGAAGGAUCGGCAGUCGAAGACAAAAACAGCCCCAAGAUCAAUCGGUUUCAGUAUAAAUUUCUCAAGGAUGAUGCCCCGAGCAACUUCUCUUUCAUGGAAUCGCAACUUGCUGUGGGUGAGCCUAUUGUGGUUUCAGAUGAAGACGGUCACUUUGCACUGGCUCUUGGUUUCGUGGUGGCAGUCACGAAACGGAGGAUUACCGUGGCUGUGGACAGAAGACUUCACAAUGCUAGGAUCCGCCAACCGGGCUUCGAUGAGGUCAACAACCAGGUUUUCGCAAGUAUCAUGGAAGUUGGGCCCGAUAGGAUCGGGACCCAACCGCCUCUCGGCACUAAGGAGCCUGUGAUUCGGUAUCGUUUGGACAAGGAUGAGUUCAGCAAUGGAAUGGCUACAGUGCGCAACAACCUUGUUCAAGUCAUGGCGAAUGGUCCUUCGGGCUCUGGGGAUCUUCGACGGCUCGUCGUUGAUCUGGAGCCUCCAACCUUCAAGGCAGUGGCAACCCAGUACGAAAUCUCGGACGGCGAGAGUCUAAACGUGGACCAAAAGAAGGCCGUCGAGAAGGUCAUGAGCGCUAAAGACUAUGCCUUGGUGCUCGGAAUGCCGGGAACGGGCAAGACCACUACUAUCGCCCAUAUAAUCCGCGCUUUGAUCAGGCAGGGCAAGAGCGUCUUGCUGACAUCGUAUACCCACAGCGCCGUCGACAACAUCCUCUUGAAAUUGAAAGGUGAUAGCAUUCCAGUGCUGAGACUUGGUGCUCCUGCCAAGGUACACCCUGAAGUUCAGGAGUUUGUUACUCUGGCAGCGCAGCCGAUGAACUCUUUUGAGGAGAUCAGGACUGCAUGGCACGACCUACCAGUGGUUGCUACAACAUGCCUGGGCAUCAGUCACCCCCUAUUUAACGAGCGCACUUUCGAUUACUGCAUCGUGGACGAAGCUUCGCAGAUUACAUUACCCAUCUGCCUUGGCCCGAUUAGAAUGGCGCGUACUUUUGUUCUAGUCGGCGACCAUAACCAGUUGCCGCCCCUUGUGCAAAAUGAAGAGGCGCGGAAGGAGGGGCUCGAUGUCAGCCUUUUCAAGCUGCUUUCAGACACUCAUCCUGACUCAGUCGUCAACCUUGAGCACCAAUAUCGCAUGUGCGAAGAUGUCAUGGCUUUGAGCAACGAACUCAUCUAUGAGGGCCACCUCAAGUGUGGCACAGAGGAAUUACGCUUCCGCAAGCUCGACAUACCAUUCCCAGAGGCUCUGUCACGGCAUCACUACGACGCAUCAUCAUUCAUGUCUCUGAGCAGAUCACAACCCAUGUUUUCCUUGCCCAAGUCAUUCUGCACAGGGGGGAAUUCAUGUUGGCUGCAUCAUUUGGUUGACCCCGACACCCGGGUUGCCUUUGUCAACACGGACGCGUUGCCCGACAGUCGCGAGGAGGCAAAGGGCAACAGGAUCGUCAAUCCUGUAGAAGCGCAGCUGGUGGUGCAGCUUGUCGAGUCACUAAUGACUCUUGGUGUCCCGGCAAACGAGAUUGGUGUUAUGACGCACUACCGCUCGCAGCUUGCCCUCUUGAAGCACAAGCUGCUGCGGGGGAGGAACGCGGGCGAUGCGGCUGCCGUGGAAAUGCACACGGCCGACCGCUUCCAAGGGCGUGACAAGGAGGUUGUGGUGCUGAGCCUGGUGCGCAGCAAUGAGGCGUGCCACAUUGGAGACCUCUUGCGCGACUGGCGACGCAUCAAUGUCGCCUUUACGCGCGCAAAGACAAAGCUGCUUGUAGUUGGAAGCCGUGAGACUCUCCGCGGAUGUGGAGCCGACGAGAUGUUGUCCAAGUUUGUGAGGCUGAUGGAGGAUCGCAACUGGGUUUGCGAUCUGCCUGCGGACGCCCUCGAGUCGCACUUGUUCGAGGACGGUGGUAUUGCGGCAACAGGAACAACCAUUGCGCCCACACAGGCAUCCCCCCGAAGAAAGUCACCAAAGAAGACGUUCGGUGCGAAUGCCUUGCCAAAGCUGUCGUCGGCCGGCGUGUCGAAGGUCGGUGGAAAGGAGAAUGUCCCGCCUGACAGACGGCAGCCGACGAAGAAGGCUGGGAUUGGAGCAAAAAUGCUUACGAAGGGUAAGCCUAUUCUUCGGGAUAUUCUCAAUGACAUGGCCGGCGGUGGAUUUUGA